AUGGGCGGUAAUUCGAGGAAAUUCAAGAAGGCCGAAAAGUCCAAAAUCAAGCUCAAAGGAGCAAAACUACCGAAGGGCACGAACGUGACCAAAACCAAUUUCAAGGUCCGCAAGAUCGUGUUACCAGAUCAGUUGAAGCAGCGAAAUCUCACGCAGGCCAGCGUACUAUCGAGCAAAAGCCUUACGCUCAAAGACUGCCUCGCGAAACUGCGGCAAAAUCAUGCGUCGGCUAAAACGGAAGGUCUUCGCGGGAUUCGUGAAAUCCUCGGAAAAAUGCCCUCCGAGGUGCAGACCAUGCUGAGCAACGUGCUGAAGGAUGUGGCCGGACUGGCGAUCGACGUGGAGCACGAAGUUCGGCGGGAUUGCUACAAAACGCUUGGCUGUAUUCUGGCUUCCAGCGGGCCAUCGGGUUUGGCGCCGUUUUUCGAUCUGCUUUUGUCGUUCCUGCGGUGCGCCAUGACUCACAUUCAGCCGCGCAUCCAGGAGGAUUCAUUGCUGUUGCUCGAUGUGCUGCUGCAGUACGCCCCGGCGUUGAUACUGGCCAAUAGGGAUAAAAUAUUGCCCCCAUUUUUGGACAUGAUCUCGAAGCUGAAGGCGGAAAGUAAGCCUGGCCGGACACUAACCAUUACUCUCAACAAACAGUCGACUAGCACCGGAUGGCGCGCUAAGGUGUUGAUGCGUUUGUCCGGCAUACUGAAGAUCCUUCUCGAAAGCCAAACGAUCAAGGAAGCCAAGCCGGCAGAAUCCAGCGAUCCGUUGACAGAAGCGGCAGCAGGUGGUGCUGGCAUGGAGAAUCCAUUCGCACCGAGUGUGGCCGAACACCAACCGCAGACAAAGCACCAGAUUAAACACAUUUAUGAUACGGAACGGCGCAUGUUUCUGCCACUCAUCCAGAGACACCUAAUGGAGACGUGUCCACUCGAUCUUCUGUUCCGAAAAUCGACCUCAACGGAGGGUAGACUUUCGCUGAGCGAUCGGGUCGACGAUGGCCGGAAACUGAAGCUGUACGUCGAAAUGUUGGUGCCUCUUUUGAUCGAAUCUUGGUUAGAAGUGCGUCCCUCGGGGGUCAACAAACAGGUCGUCAAAGAGCAUAGCCUUUCCCAGGAGGCGGCAUCCACGUUGGACCUUCUACUCACCAUCUAUCUACAGCUUUGGCAGCUGACGGUGCAGUACUGCACAGAAACGAACAACGACGACAUGAAACGAUGGUUCCGGGAGCAGUACAGUGCCGAUUUUUGCAGUCACAUGUUGCAAGGCUUUCCUUACUACCAGUCGGGCGGUAAGGGACAAAAUCAGGCGAAAAAGCCUCGGACCGCUGCCGACGUUCCAGGCGAACGGGUGGUGGAUGAUAACUGUUAUCGGCAGAAUUUCAACAUUUGCUACUUCUACUGCUGCCUGCACGAGCAGAAUCGUGGCGAGAAGAAAAAGAAGGCCGAUCCGGGCUACGGCCGGAUAGUGGAGUACGUGAAGCGGUGCGUGAUGAACUGGAAGUUUCGCGGGACGGAGGCCACCAACCUGAUGCUGCAGGUGUUACGCUUCAUGUUGCUGGAAAAAAGGGGUCACUUCGUGAACGAGGAAUCCCGGGCGUUACUGAAAACUUUGAUGGAAGUGUACAUCAGGUCCCGGCUGCCGCAGGACAUUCGCAACCGCAUCCUGGUGCUGUUCUGUGACAUUAUCGUGCGCAGCGACACUCUCUGUCGGCAGUACGGUGAGGACCUGUUUACGCUGUGGCUUAAGAUGCUGCCCAAUCUGCUGUGCAAACCGACAAUUGAUAUGACCGUGCUACGGGCGCUACUUUGCCUGGCCCAGCGUAACAAGGAAGCCUUCCUGGACGUGCUGGAAGCGAAUGCGAAAGAAAUCAUUAGCAACGCUGAUGCUAUACGGGUCACGAACGAGGGCGAGCCGGGCGAGGGUUUCGAGUUGAUUUGUAGUUUACUUUUCUAUAUUAGAAGUCGCGGUUUGCUCAAGGAACUCAUCGGUACCGGCUGCAACGGAGUUGAAAACCCGUUGCAACGGAAAAGGUUACACGAUACAUUGCAAAUGAGACUAGACAUUUUAAUGUAA